UUACGAGAGAACAUCAAUUAGGGAGAAAACUUUGAACCCAAAUACAUAGGAUAGAGGUGAAAUCUUUCUCUCAAUUUGCCAAAUGCAAAUGGAUGGGGCAUUGUUGAUGUAUUUAUUGCCUGUACUUAUUGUAUAUGCUCGUAUUCGUUAUAUCCUUCUCUUUUCUCUUACAUAGAGAGUGGGAAACAUAGUGACAUUUCAAUUGUAUUUUAAUCAAUAAAGAUUACCUAAAGAUCUGAGAGUAAAAGAGUCUCCCUGAUCAGACUUAAUGAGCAGUCGGCACACCCUAACACACACCCUAAUCCCAUUGGUGCAGGCCUUUAGUUCCACCCCUAGAGGAGACUAUAAAAAGGCGUGGAGCCCUCUCUCAGACACAGUCUCAUUGUGAGAUUCCUGGAGGUAGCAAGCCGGACUUGGCAGCACGGACUAGCACAAAGCAAAGGAGGAGAGGGUAGGCCGGACAAGCAGAAGUGUUGGCGGACUAGAUAGCCAAGCCACCAGGAGUGAGCUUCGCGUCAUACCCUUUAGGCAAGCGCCUAACCCAACGGGCCAGGAGGAUAACCCCAGCGGUCCUGGUCAGCUCUGGUCCAGACAAGCAGCCCGCAGCGGCCGCGAGAGGGGCCCUGGAGUCCAUCUCCUUCGAUUCUCAGGAUCUGAAGAUGGAUGCACAAUCAGAGCCGAAACUGGUGCUAAAAGGCACCACCAAGUUGUCUCUAAAUGAGCGCUUUACUGGUCUGCUGGAGAACAAACAGCCCACGCCAGUGACUAUUCGGGCUUCGCUGCAGCAACAGCUGCAAGGCAGCGCCAGAAACAGAAGACUGGCCCAGCAGAUGGAGAAUAGACCCUCUGUCCGGGCAGCAUUAACACUUAAGCAGCGCCUGGGUAACAAGAGGAACAUCCAGGCUCCCUUAGGCCUACCCAGUGGAGCGAUGGGAGGACGAGGCCAACCCAAAAUCCUGGGAGGCUUUCACCGAGGACGAGGACGAGGACGAGGACGAGGACGAGGACGAGGACGAGGACGAGGAGGACUACGUGGGGGACUUGCCACCAGAAGCCUGCCAAGGGGCGGGUUGUCAUUCCAAGGUCGAAGCCCGCUCCUCCGAGGUGAACAAGACUUUGCUGCCCCACGAAUGGACUCAAGAAGUGGUCCUGUUCCAGGUCGUGGAGGACCUGGGAGAGGGGGCCGAGGGCGUGCAGCUAUGGGUCGUGGUGGAAUCGGUGGUAGAGGUCUGGCUGUGAUAGGUCGGGGAAGAGGGAACUUUGGAUGGCGUGGUCGAGGCAGAGGUGCCCGCACUCGCCCUGCAUUGACCAAGGAGCAGCUGGACAAAGAACUGGAUGCAUACAUGUCCAACACUAAAGCACGCCUCGACGCUGAGUUGGAUGUCUACAUGCAGACAGAUUCUGAAACUGAUGAUUGAAGCCUGCCCGCCUGCCUCUUAGACUCUCGGGAAAUCACCACAUCUGUGCUUAAGAAGAAAUAGCCUUGAGCACACAUGAGAAGGACUCUGACGGAGGCCGGAAGGACUCACACCAUGGGUUGUGGACUCCCUUGCCACCAAUGGGUGCCUUUCGACUGUUCCGUUUACCUUUCGAUGCUCUGUAAAAUAAACCCCAUUUUCCCUUGAUUCGGCUGAGUUUGUUUUGUUGUUUAUCCAGUCACCCAGACUUGGGUUUAAGCAUUAAUUCCUUGGCCCUGUGAGGAGAACUUUUUUCCAGUCUCUGCCUCACCUGCUGUAUAGGAGGUAGUUUAAUAUUCCUUCUAAUCACCUUUAUGAUCCCAGAAAGAUUUCCCAGAAGGAGCCAGAGUUCUCACUGAUGUGAGCUCUCUGGCUUAGUGUUCUACACCUUCCUUAAAAGCUGUCUGCUCACAGCUAAACUGAAGGUGUGUGUGCUAUGUUGAUGGUGAAGGUGGUAAUUUGGAAAUGUUGAUAGUGCUCCUGAGUCAGGAACGGCAUACACAUUGUAGCCACUUUGAUUUAGUCUUUGACAUUGCAUAGGACGUGCUGAGCUGGAUGUAUAGAUUUUCGACCCUAAAAUAACAUU